AUGUCCAAGUCCCGUCUCCCACUCUACCUCGGACUCGGCGCUGCUGGCGUCGGCGGCUACUAUCUAUACCAGUCCGGCGGAAAUGUCGACAGCGCCAAGGCGAGGGCAAAAGCCGACGCAGCCAAAGCACGCAACAAACUAGACACCACCACCAGCAGCACCACUAGCAGCGAAGAACUCGGAGAACGAGCGGGUGCUAAAAUUGACGAAAUUUUGGAUACAACAUCCUCCAAAGCCAGACAAACAAACGAACGCGUCGGCGACGGCGCAAAGGAGAGUCUUGAUCGGGUUGAUCGUCUCCGCCAGGACACGGCGCGCAGUGUGGGUGCCAAGGUGGAUAAUUGGGAUCGGAAAGUGGAAGAGAAGGCGUCGGAGGCGAAGAAGAGUGUUGGAGGGUGGUUUGGGAAGUGA